AUGUUAGGAUGGGGUGUUAAUUCUCAUGGGCAACUUGGUUUAGGCCCUGCAUCAUUAGCAAGCUUCAUCUCCGUUCCUCGACUUAUACCUUUUUUCGAUGAUCAUAUAUGUAUACAAGUUGCAUGUUCAUUAACGCAUUCACUAUUUUUACUUUGUGACGGAACUGUUUGUUCUGCAGGAAAUAAUGAAUAUUCACAGUUGGGCAGGGAAGGACGAACGACAAUACCAGAAAAAGUGAUAUUACCACAAAGUGAGGAUGCUGUGCAAAUAGCAUGUGGACAAUAUUUUUCAAUGUGUCUUACAUCAAAUGGAAAUAUUGUCGUAUGGGGUUCUAUUAGUGGAAAAAUAACAAAUGACGAUGGUUUCUUUUAUUCUAAACCUGAAUGCCUGAAGGGAUUUGAUAAUAGACGAGUAAUACAAAUUGCUGCAGGAUAUACUCAUUGUCUAGGAUUAACUGAUGAUGGUACUGUCUAUGCCAUAGGAAUUAACGCUCAUGGACAACUUGGAUUAGGAAAUUCUAAAGAUUAUAAACUUGCUACUCCAAUCACAUGUUUACGUGGCUGUCCUAUUGUAUAUAUCGCGUGUGGUGCUUAUCAUUCAUUGAUAAUAUCUAAGAGCGGAACAGUUUUUACGUGUGGCCUCAAUUCAGCUGGCCAAUUAGGUCUAGGCGAUACUGAUACUCGUGCAUGGCCAAGUAAUAUAAAAGGAUUACAACAACAAAAAGUGACAUAUGCUGCAUGUGGAGAAAAACAUUCAGUAGUUGUUACGCUUGAUGGUGGAGUAUUUUCAUUUGGAUGUGGUAUUCACGGACAACUUGGGCAUAAUUCAACAAAUGAUGAAUUGUUACCAAAAAAAAUUUCUGAAUUAAUGGGUUCACAAGUGACACAAAUAGCGUGCGGCAGAUCUCAUACCGUUAUAUUUCUUCCCAAUGUUGGUCAAGUAUCGGUAUUUGGUUUGGCUUGUGUAGGUCGUCACGACACUAAAAUAACAUCUUAUAUCACCAUACCACAAAAGUUACCGAUACAAUUUUUACCAUAUAAAACUAUGGAACAGCUUGAAAAACAAGCGUCACAUGAUAAUGUUCGAUCGCUCUCAUUGCAGAAAUCUAGGCAAGAUGACAUAGAAGCCAUUCAUCAAGACAUGCAAGUACUAGGAAUUUAUGCUGGCGGUCAUCAUACAUUUGUUCGAAUUUCCUAUCACGCACAACAUCCAGAUGAUUAUCGUAUUUAUUGCAUGAAACGUCCAAUUCUUGAAUUAACACUUGAGUUUGCAAAAUGGCUUCAUCAUGCUCCUGAAUCUGUAGGAGCAAUGGCAGCUGUUAAACGAAAACUAUCUCGCAUGUUUAAUACUGAAGCAUGUUUAAAUGGUUCAUUUUUAGCUCUGCCAGAUACACAUUUCCGCACAUCACCAAACAAUCCCGGUAUAGAUCUAGAUCAAGUUAUAGCUGUGAUGGAAAAACUACGCUCAUGUGAUUCAACAAUUCAAGCAUGGUUAUUUGAACAUAUUCAAUCGAUACUUCUUGCACUACCUGAAGCAGCUCCGUGCUUUGAAGCAUUGCGCAUUUAUCUCAUUUUGCCAUUUUGUCAUAUAUUUGAAAACGAAGAACUACUCGAAACAGUAGCAGCUCCGUUUGCUCAAGCAACUACGAGUUUAAAACAAAAAUUUGAUGGUCGAGUAUUGGAUUAUUGGAUUUUAAGUGUUGGACGACCCUUUAUUGAAAGGAUUCUCGAAAUAUACAAACCUCUUGUGAUCAAAAUUAUUCGAAUUCUUCCAUCAUUGUCAUCAUUACGUACGCAGGAAUAUCAAAUACUUUUAAGAGCCAUAUUAGAAUUGCUUAAAAAAGUGCACAAUGUUUCAUGCAAUAUGGCAAAACCGGAAUUAUUAACGUACGACGCAUUUUAUAUGAAAGAACUUAAUGAUUCAAUUGACCUCAAACAUGACUACGAUUAUUGGCGGCUGCAUCAACAAACAGGAGAUCGAAAACUAAUUUCUUUCUGUGAAUAUUCAUUUCUAUUUGAUCUGAAAGCAAAAAUUUUUUUACUUCAAUAUAAUGGACAACUUGAAAUGCAAGAAGCAAUUAAAAAUGCAUUUUUAUAUAAUUUUGAAACCAUGAUGGGUGCACAUUUCGAUACAGUUAAUCCUCUACUUGUAUUGCAUAUUAAUCGUAACAAUAUUGUUCAAGAUACAAUAAACCAAUUGGAUAAACAAAAAGAAGAAAAUUUUAAAAAGCCAUUACAAGUCUAUUUUCUAAAUGAAGAAGGCCUGGAUGCUGGAGGGAUACGCAAAGAAUUUUUUCUUUUAUUAACGAAAGAAAUAUUGGAUCCAAAAUAUGGCAUGUUUACUGUUUAUGAUGAAACAAAUACCAUUUGGUUUUCUGAACAUACUGCUGAAGAUGAAACAAUGUUUAAAUUAAUUGGAACACUUUGCGCAUUAGCCGUUUACAAUGUAACAAUUAUUGAUCUUCCAUUUCCGUUAGCGUUAUAUAAAAAAUUAUUAAACAAAGGAAAAAUUGAUCUUGACGACAUGAAAUCAUUAUCACCGACGAUAUAUCUAAGUCUUAAAUCAUUGUUAAAUUAUACAGAAGAUGAUCUUGAAAGUGCGCUUUGUUUUGCAUUUGUUAUUGAACGUGAUUGUUUUGGUGAAACACGUGAAAUUGAAUUAAAACCAGGCGGUUCAUCUAUAAUGGUAAAUCAAGCAAAUAAACGUGAAUAUGUUGAUUUAUAUGUUGAUUAUAUAUUCAAUAAAUCAUGUGAAAUGCAAUUUCAAGCUUUUUCAACUGGCUUUCGUCGUGUUAUCAAUUCGAAACCGUUAGAGUUAUUUUAUCCGGAUGAAUUGAUGUCAUUUGUGGUUGGCAAUACACACUAUGAUUGGAAUGAAUUUCAAAAGAAAACCGAAUACAAAGGUGAAUAUCAUGCUAAUCAUCGUGUUAUCCAGUGGUUUUGGCAAGUAUUUCAUAAAAUGAAUGAAAUUGAAAAAAAGAAAUUUCUUUUAUUUCUUACCGGUUCUGAUCGAGUUCCUGUCUUCGGAUGGAGUCAAACAUUACCAAUGACAAUUCAAAGAAGUCAUACCGACGAUAUUCAUCUACCUGCUAGUCAUACAUGUUUCAACAUUCUUGAUUUACCAACGUAUUCUUCAAAGGAAAUUCUAAAAACUAAAUUACUCGAAGCCAUUCAGCAUAAUCAAGGGUUCAAUCUGGUUUAA